CACUAACGAUGACUAAAGAAAGAGAGAAAGAGGAAGUUUAUCCACUGAGGUUAUCAGAAAAUUUGAAAGGCUUCGACCGUGCUUGUAUCUGCCUUGACCACCGUGACAUGCAAUUGUAAUUCAUGAGAUGAUUUGAAUUUAAAGAAUAAAGUACCUCGCACGAAGCCUCCGAGUUGCACUUUUGAUUGAAAGGAUACCUUUGAUUAUAACAAUUUGGAGUAUAACUGCUUUAGGCCACGCUGUUCAUAAGCUCAUGUGACUGUCACAACAUCUAGUCGGCGUUGCGAAAGGAGCGAGUGGUCGGCAUUCCACUUUAUUCAAGAAAGCGUUGCAAGAAGUCCUGUUUGUUUAACCUACUGACAUUAUGUACAACAGAGAAGACGAACCACUUUUGAGCAGUUUACCGCCGAUAGGGGUUCGACAAGACCAGGCCUAUGGUUCGCAGUCGUGUUCAAGCCCACAUCCACCUACAAGGACAUACUGGUACAGGUGGUAUAUCCUAGGUUUAUUUUCUUUGGUAGGAGCACUGGAGAAUAUUACAUGGAACACAUGGGGUCCAAUAGAAGCUAGUGCAAGGUUUACAUACGGGUGGAGCAAAGGAACAGUGUCGCUUCUUGCUGACUGGGGAGCCAUUACAUUUGUAUUGUGCGUGUUUCCAUCUGCUUGGCUGCUAGAUGUGAAAGGACUUCGCAUCUCGGUUCUUCUGUGCACUGGCUGCAUUGCUAUUGGUUCAGUCUUACGUAUUUUAUCAAGUGAAGCAGAUGUUGCUACACCACUGAUUCAUAUGGGACAGUUUGUUAUAGGUUUGGGAGGGCCCAUCGGCCAGUCUUCUGCUACUGUUAUUUCAAGUACAUGGUUUCCAGCACACCAGAGAACACUUGCAACUGCAGUGGCAUCAUUGGCUUCAUAUGUUGGGACAGCUAUUAGUUUUGUAAUUGGCCCAGCGUUUGUAACAGAUGUUGAGACACUAAAGGUGAAUUUAAUCAACCCUUCAAAUAAUAGUCACAUGGUUACAAGAAUUUCGAAGGAAAUAAUGAAUCUACUUAUUUUGGAAUUCGGAAUUGCAUGCCUGCUGUUCCUAUUGGUUUUAUUCACAUUUCCUGCAAAGCCAAAAUUGCCACCGAGCACAACAGCUGCAUUAGAGAGAUUAGAUUUUAACAAAGGACUGAAACAGUUACUAAAGAAUCCACAAUUUCAGUUAAUAGCUUUUCUGUAUGGCAUCACAACUGGUGUUUACAGUGCCUGGUGCUCAGACCUUGCAUUAAAUCUAUCAGCAUAUAACAUUGAUAAUGAUGAAGCAAGUUGGUUUGGUUUCUGGGCAGUUGUGGCAGGUGCCAUGUCUGGAAUUAUUCUAUCCCUCAUAGCUGAUUGGUUUGGUGGUUUUAUGAAGAAGAUCCUGCUUUGUCUCUUCAUAUUUGCCUCAAUUGGUUUUACAAUAUUCUCACUAAUGUGCGUAAAAGUGAUUCCACCAACCCUGCCUGUUUUGUAUCUAACAUCCAUAGUUGGAGGACUAUGUCUGAAUGGUGCCAUACCACUGUUUUUUGAGCUGUCAGUUGAGGCUAGCUAUCCAGUUGCUGAAGGAAUCAACACUGGUUUUAUGACCUUUUCAAACAAUGUCUACUGCCUUAUAUUUCUUUCUUUACCAAUGAUACCUAGUGUUGACACCAAAUGGAUGAACUGGACACUAGUGGGAAGCUGUGUUAUUUGCAUCCCCAUGAUGCUGUUCUUCAAAGAGCGCCACAGAAGACUUGAAGUAGAUGUAGGGACAAGAAAUAAUACCGCUCAUAUCAACUGAUUUAGGAAACACUAGCAUAUCUUUGCAUUUGUAACAGUGCCUAUUUAAAGAGCAACCAAUUCUAGGAACCGCAAAUAAUGAAAUUCAUCAUAAGAACUUUUUCCUAAAGAUCUACUUUUUGGGCAUGAAAGAUAUCAAUUUUAAUAGUUUUCCAUCAUCAAAACCUAGUGAGUAAUUAAUAUAUGUCAGUGUUUUCAAUUCAUAUUUUGUUAAUAAAAGAAGGAUAGUAGGUUAUGGCUAUAUAUGGUGUCAAAAUUUGUAUCCUCAAUCGUUGCACAGAUUCUUUAUUGAUAUAACUAAAAAUGACUUAAAAUACUUGCAAAUUGUAACAUUUUGAAUAUUAAAAGCCAGAUAGUUUUUUAUGCUUCUUGAAAGUAGGGCAUAGCUUACACAUAUCUCUCGAAACAGGUGAAAAGUUUUAAUAUGGUUUAUCAUGCAAAACAACCUUACCAGAAUUACAAAGGAUAUAUUAAUGGAUCCAUGGAAUUAAAAAAAGGCUGCAGCCCCUCAGGCUGCAUUUGUCUGGGUUUGAGAACAUUCUUUAUGUUGUUUUGAUAUUGUUGAAAUCUUUCAAGAAAAAAAUCAAGGUUUGUAAUUUAAGAAACAGAUUCUUGUUCAGAA